AAGAUUCCUUCUCUCUCCCUACUUAUUUAGUUUCUUUUUCGUUUCUCUCUCUGCACUCUGUAAUCUUUUGUACCUCACCUGCAACCAUAAAGGCAAACAAUGAAAAAAGAAGAUAAAGAACAUAGAUUUCAAGCUCACUUACCCCCUCCUCCUUCUUUCUCUCUCUACACAUCUCUGCUUCCCUCACUCUUGUUCAUGGAAGCUACCCAUCAAUCUAAUCCAUACCCACCACUUACAGAGGAAAAGCAAUGCUGUAAAAAAAUUUCAGCUUCGGAGAAGAUAAAGCUACAGAGCAGAAGUUAUUCGCUUUCUGGGUUCAAAAUCAAGUUCUUCCAUUUUGCCUACUUGUUCUUGUUUCUAUUUGCUUUGGCCUCUCAGCUCGUUUUGGGCCAGAAGGAUGAUGGGGUGAUUGUCACCCAAGCUGAUUACCAAGCUCUCCGUGCCAUAAAGCAUGACCUAAUCGACUCCAGAGGAUUUCUGCGCAGCUGGAACGAUAGUGGCUAUGGAGCUUGCACUGGUGGGUGGGCGGGAAUCAAGUGCGUCAAGGGACAGGUCAUUGCCAUCCAGCUUCCUUGGAGGGGGUUAGGCGGUCGCAUUUCAGAGAAGAUUGGCCAACUUCAAGCUCUUCGCAAACUCAGCCUCCACGACAACGUCCUUGCCGGUCCGGUGCCUUGGUCUCUCGGAUUUCUCCCCAAUCUUAGAGGGGUUUAUCUCUUCAACAACCGGCUUUCAGGUUCCAUCCCUCCUUCAGUUGGUAACUGUCCUAAUCUUCAACAUCUUGAUUUAAGCAACAAUUCACUCACUGGCUCAAUUCCUGCUAGUCUUGCCAAUUCUUCAAGGUUAUAUAGACUUAACUUGAGCUUCAAUUCUUUGUCCGGAUCCAUUCCUGUUAGUGUCACUCGGUCACCUUCUCUUACCAUUCUUGCUCUGCAACAUAACAAUCUGUCUGGUUCUAUCCCUGAUUCCUGGGGUGAGACAGGUAGCAACCCUUACCAACUUCAGUUCCUGACCCUUGAUCACAAUCUCCUCACUGGAAUAAUUCCGGUGACUUUGAGCAAAAUGGGUUUGCUUGAACAGAUUUCUUUGAGCAAUAACCGGAUUUCAGGGAUCAUUCCUGAUGAACUAGGUGGGCUCUCGAAUCUGCAAAUGCUAGAUCUAUCAAACAAUGCUAUUAAUGGGAGCUUUCCUCCUAGUUUUUCCAACCUCACCUCUCUGGUUUCUUUGAAUCUUGAGGGAAAUCGCCUUAGUAGCCAAAUCCCAGCAGCCAUUGACAGAUUGCAAAACCUUACGGUGCUUAAUUUGAAAGACAAUCAAUUCAAUGGCCGAAUUCCGGCUACCACUGGUAACAUAUCUGGCAUCAACUUACUAGAUUUAUCCGGUAAUAAUUUUACCGGAGAAAUACCGGAUUCACUUGCAAAACUAGCCAAGCUUAGCCUUUUCAAUGUUUCAUACAAUAAUCUCUCCGGUCCUGUUCCAUCUCUCCUAGCCAAGAAGUUCAAUUCAAGCUCUUUUGUGGGAAACCUUCAGCUUUGUGGCUACAGUUCUUCCACCUUAUGUCCUUCUGCUCCUCCACCUCAGAAUCUCAAUCUUCCACCCGCACCAACUCAAUCUCAACAUAACCAUCACCGGAAACUCAGCCUCAAGGACAUCAUUCUUAUAGCAGCUGGUGCCCUCCUGCUGGUUCUGUUGGUUUUCUGCUGCAUUUUGCUUUGCUGCUUGCUGAAGAAAAGGCAGUCCUUAAAAGAAAGGAGUGGUAAAACGGGGGCUGCUGUGGGGAAAACAGAGAAGGCAGCUGCUGCAGCCGGUGCUGAAGCUGGUGGAGGCAGUGAAACGGGUGGAAAACUAGUCCUCUUUGAUGGACCAUUUGUCUUUACAGCUGAUGACUUGUUAUGUGCCACCGCGGAGAUAAUGGGUAAGAGUACUUACGGAACAGCAUAUAAGGCAACUCUAGAGGAUGGAAAUCAAGUUGCAGUAAAGAGGUUAAGGGAAAAGACUACAAAGGGACAGAAGGAGUUUGAAGCAGAAGCUGCUGCUCUUGGAAAGAUCCGACAUGCAAACCUUCUCGCUCUCAGGGCCUAUUACUUGGGACCUAAAGGAGAGAAGCUUCUUGUAUUUGAUUACAUGCCAAACGGAAGCCUUGCAUCUUUCCUCCAUGCUCGAGGGCCAGAAACAACCAUUGAUUGGCCAACAAGGAUGAAGGUGGCAAUGGGCAUUGCGUGCGGAUUGGACUAUCUCCAUACCAAAGAAAAUAUCAUUCAUGGAAAUCUCACCUCCAGCAACAUACUUCUUGACGAGCAAACCAAUGCUCACAUUGCAGAUUUUGGCCUCUCUAGGCUCAUGACAGCAGCUGCCAGCACCAAUGUGAUUGCUACUGCAGGAACACUUGGAUACCGAGCACCUGAGCUGUCAAAGCUCAAGAAUGCCAACACAAAGACAGAUGUCUACAGCCUAGGAGUCAUCAUACUAGAGCUUCUCACAGGCAAAUCCCCUGGAGAGCCAACAAACGGCAUGGACUUGCCCCAGUGGGUGGCAUCCAUUGUGAAAGAGGAGUGGACUAAUGAAGUCUUCGACUUGGAGCUCAUAAAGGAUAUACAAACCAUAGGAGAUGAGCUACUUAACACAUUAAAACUAGCCCUCCAUUGUGUUGAUCCCUCACCCGCAGCACGACCGGAAGUCCAGCAGGUUUUGAAGCAACUAGAAGAGAUCAAGCCUGAACUGGUUGCAGCUGUUUCUGCUUCUGCUGAGGAAGGAUUUAAGGCUUCACCAUCAAAUGAGUAGAGUUCGUAUAUGCAAAAAUAAAAGGGGUCUUCAAAAUUAUCUGGCUAUUUCAUAAAUUCUUUAAUUCUAUUAUUUGUUUUAUGUAUAUAGAAAUAUAAGCUUUUGUGAGUUUAUAUCCAGAAUGAUUAAUUAUUCUUUUUGCCUGAAGACAAUAAUGUACUCUUUUGAAU